AUGGGUGCCCCUGGUCAAGCAGCUGUGAACCAGAAGUAUGGCCAAUCAGACAUGCAUUCAAGCCCGUGCGCGAUGGGCGCCCCUGGUCAAUUUUCAAUGACCUCGCCAUAUGCCCUAACAGAUGCAUUUGUUCAAUCAUGUGGGAACAGUUAUGACCCUCAAUUCCCUCCCAUGGCUGCUUCGCAGCCAGCAGUAUAUCAUUCUGAAGUUUCUGGGCCAAUGACAGAUCAACCUGGAGAUAAAGCAGGAGCCAAUGCAGCCCUCGGCUUUACUCCAACGAAUUUCGGAGACUGGGGCCAAAGUUUGCCACAUCCUCCGUCUGGGAGCCUGCCCGGCUCGCCUUAUGAAGGUUCUGCCACAAUGCCUGGGGCUAUGCCUGGGGCUAUGCCCAAUCAGGAGCCCUCAACCCAGUUUGUGGCCGACGAUAUGAAUCACUACGAGUUCUGAGUUGGAAA